AUGGAUAUUUCGUUUAGUGAGUUUUUGGGAAAUUGGGAGUGAAAAACAUGAAUCUGAAUCCGGAUUUACAACAUUUUCAAGUAGAGAAUCCAUGGAUUUUUGAAAUUUUCAGAAUUUCAGGUACAUCAAUGUGUUUUUUAAAAUUGCUUUUAGAAUUGUUUCAAGAUUUUCAUCAGAAAUUUAUGAUUUCUUAUCGUAAAUUAUCGAAAACAUCAUCACCAAAAAAUAAAUUAUCGAGUCUCCCAAUUAAAAUUUUUUUUCAAAAAUUAAUCUCAAUUUCAGAAGAAUCAGAAAUCCAGGCUCGAAAUCGGAUAGUCCGAAACCACCUAAAAGAUCGAGAUAAUUGUAUAGUUCUGAAAAUCGAUACUCACAUGAGCAAAAUCGAAGAUAUGUCUCCUUUCGGUUUUCAUUUCGAAUUUGAUGAGAAAAAAUAUGAGGAACGAAAAAAACAGAUCAGAUGGCAGAGUGAGUAGAUAAUUUUGGAUUAAAAAAAAGCGAAUCAUUUUUGUAGACCUCACCCGAUUUUUUGCAUGGGUUGCAUAUUAUCAUCAUAAAUUCGGAAUCCGACACAUCACUUUAAUAUCUUUGCUGGUUGGAUAUGUUUUUCUUGGUGGAUUCAUUUUUGAACAAUUGGAAUCGCCUAGAGAAUUGGAUGAUUUGAAAUCGACGAUUGUUUUGAUGCAGGGAAUUAUUAAUGAGGAAACUACGGAUAUUAUUAAUGUUACUUUAAGUACAAAUGGAACAGAGAGAAGGACCAAAUUAAGUAAAUUGAUCAAGGUAAGAGAAUUUUAGAAGUGUUUUUGCAGAUAUGAAAAUGCAAAGAUCAACACAGUUAUAAUUAUAUUCUAAAUCACAUCAUUGCAAACACUAAACCUGUUUUUUUUUCUAGAGAUACUACAAAACAAUGCUUGAAGCCGAAGGUCGAUUUCAUGGAAGUGUUUGGCAUAAGGCAGAAAAUCUAGAUAUGCAUCUAAUGUGGUAUUUCUCAUCAGCAACUUUUUAUUCAAUGACACUUUUCUCAACUAUCGGUUACGGUAGGCUUACUUCUCAUUUUCGAAAAGACCACCCAUACAAUUUUCAGGAACCAUCACUUGUCAAACAUUCUGGGGUAGAACUCUAUCAAUAAUUUAUGCCUCAAUUGGUCUUCCAAUAAUGCUGGUGGUUUUAGGUGAUAUUGGAGAAUGGUUUCAGAAAAUAUUGACUAAUGCGUAUAUUUUUUUGCUUUUCAAGUAUAAGUAAGACUUUUCUUUUUCUUUUUUCUGAAAAAAAUAAAAAUACUACAGGCAACUUCGUAACCAGAAAUCCAAGGAGAAAAAAAAUGAGAUCGUUCUACCCAUGAGCUUGGCGUUAUUUUUAGUGUUAGCGUAUAUCAUGAUCUGCACCCUAACUAUAAAAAUGUUCGAUCACAAUGAAGGUAACAAACCUGGAAUUGGAUUUUUCGACGCAUUUUAUUUCACAUUUAUCAGUUUGACAACAAUCGGUUUAGGUGAUGUGAUGCCCUACAAUAUACAGGUACAUAAUAUUGAAUGUGGGUUACUGUAACCAGGAAUAUUACAGUAUUCACCAUUCUUGGCGGCUGCAUUUUUGCUGGGUUUGGCGUUGAUUUCAAUUGUCAACACAUCAAUCUAUGCUCAAUUGUAUAAAAUGUUUUUUGAUAUGAUAAAUAAUAUUGAAGAUACUUUGGAUGGUAUUCAUAGUCAGACAAAUCGUGGACCUGGUUAUAGGACUUUUAGGGUGAGUUGAGGGGAUUUUGUUGAAUUUAUAUAUGGCUUAAGAGAUUGCUACACCAGUUUUCCUAAAGUUACCUUUAAAGUAAAGCCUAAAGUUAAGAGAACUCUUUAUUUCAACAUAUUCUACUUCUGUCCUAUCAUCCGAAAUUCAAAAUUUUUCUGGUAGAUCAAAAAGUUUUGUUGAUUUUCCGACCUCAAGUCAAAUCUUGAAAGAAGUAGCUCAGAAAAUUCAAUAUUAAAAUUUAUUUUCACUCAUCAAAACAUUCCCAAACUUCAAAUAUACAUCUUACAGGACCUGGAGCCAGUUUUCCGAAUGCUCGUUUGCACCUUCCCAGCUUCUCAUCCACAUCAAAGACUUCAAUUUGCUGCUCACAUUCGGGACUCGUUCAGAAAACGAAACAGCAGUUCCAGUGAUGUAAGUUUCUCUACGAUUUUUUCAAAAAUCAAAAAACAAUCAUCUUUAGACCCGUCCUAGAACCGAAUCUGACAUUCCAGUCCAUGACGGACUUCAUCUUUGGAUGGCCGAAAGAGCGAAACGGCGUGCUGCUGAAAGAGAGGAGCCCGCAAGAAGACGUGCUCCAACUCUUGGAGCAUUUGGUGGUUUUGAUUUGAGUAUAUUUGAUAAAAGAGCGCCAAGAAGUAGAUCAAAUACACAGCCUUAUAGCAGGAAAAGUACGCAAGAAAGUGCGUUUGAAGAGGAGGAAGAAGUUACUGAUGAAAGUGAGGUGGAAUAA